UCCGGGGAGCUGGUCUGGGAGGUCCCUGCAUUCCUCCCUUUGAGGUGGAGGAGACAGCCCCAGAUGUGAAGGCAGAGAUGUCUCGGGUCUUCACCUGUUUUCUGGUGUUCCUGAUGAGCUGCUCAGGAUGCCAGCACCACGCUUGCCGCUGCGUGGGCAGAGUCUUCGUUUGUCAGGAGAGCAAGGUGGUCCAGGUUCCCCAGGACAUCCCCGCCAAUGCUACUGAACUGAGAUUUGUCCUUACCAAGAUGCGAGUCAUUCCAAAAGGAUCUUUCGCAGGACUUUGUGACCUAGAGAAAAUAGAGAUCUCACAGAAUGAUGCCUUGGAAGUCAUAGAAGCAAAUGUAUUUUCCAGUCUUCCCAAACUGCAUGAAAUAAGAAUUGAGAAGGCCAACAACCUAGUAUACAUUGACAAAGAUGCCUUCCAACACCUUCCAAGCCUCAGAUAUUUGUUAAUAUCAAACACUGGCCUUCGAUUCCUACCUGCUGUCCACAAGGUGCACUCCUUCCAUAAAGUUUUACUUUCUAUUCUAUUUUUCAGAGACAUUCAAGACAAUAUCAAUAUACGCACAAUUGAAAGAAAUUCAUUCACUGGCCUGAGUUCUGAAAGUGUGAUUCUAUGGCUGAAUAAAAAUGGGAUACAGGAAAUUGAGAAUCAUGCAUUUAAUGGAACCUACCUGGAUGAGCUAAAUCUAAGUGAUAAUCACAACCUGGAAAAAUUACCAAAUGAGGUUUUCCAAGGAGCCAAUGGGCCCAUUGUGUUGGAUAUUUCAAGGACAAGAAUCAGUUUCCUGCCAAGUCAUGGAUUAGAACACAUAAAGAAGCUGAGAGCAAGGUCUACAUACAAUUUAAAAAAACUUCCUGAGUUAAGCAAAUUUAGAUCUUUGAUUGAGGCAAACUUCACCUAUCCUAGCCAUUGUUGUGCAUUUACAAACUGGAAGAGACAAAACACUGAAUUGCAUCCAAUAUGUAGCAUAUCUCCGGCCAGGCAAGAUCUUGAUCAACCGCCUGGCAACAAGAUACAUAGACGAUCUGCAGCUGAAGAUUAUAUUUCGAGCUAUGGCAUAGGAUUUGAUCCAUCAGAGAAUGACUUUGACUACGGUUUAUGCAAUGAAAUAGUUAACGUAGCUUGCUCACCUAAACCCGAUGCUUUCAAUCCAUGUGAAGACAUCAUGGGAUACAACAUUCUGAGAGUCCUGAUAUGGUUUAUCAGCAUUUUAGCUAUCACUGGGAACAUUAUUGUCCUCAUUAUUAUAAUAAGCAGUCAAUACAAACUCACUGUACCUCGUUUUCUAAUGUGCAAUCUGGCAUUUGCAGACCUCUGCAUAGGUAUCUAUCUGUUGUUUAUCGCAUCUGUAGAUAUCCAGACCAAAAGCCAGUAUUACAACUAUGCCAUAGAUUGGCAAACUGGAGCAGGAUGCAAUGCUGCAGGGUUUUUUACAGUGUUUGCAAGUGAACUCUCCGUCUACACACUGACUGUGAUAACUCUGGAAAGGUGGCACACCAUCACCUAUGCCAUGCAACUGCACCGCAAGGUUCGACUUCGUCACGCUGUGAUUAUAAUGAUUUUUGGCUGGAUAUUUGCUUUCACAGUGGCACUUCUCCCCAUAUUUGGAGUCAGCAGCUACAUGAAGGUCAGCAUCUGUUUGCCCAUGGAUAUAGAAACACCGUUUUCUCAGGCUUAUGUUAUAUUUCUUCUGGUGUUGAAUGUACUUGCAUUUGUGGUCAUAUGUGCCUGCUACAUCUGCAUCUACUUUACUGUGAGAAACCCCAAUGUCAUCGCUUCAAAUAGUGACACCAAGAUUGCGAAGCGCAUGGCCAUACUGAUAUUCACAGACUUCCUCUGCAUGGCACCAAUAUCUUUUUUUGCGAUAUCAGCCUCCCUUAAGGUUCCUCUCAUCACAGUAUCCAAAUCCAAGAUCCUUCUGGUUUUGUUUUACCCUAUCAAUUCCUGUGCCAACCCUUUCCUUUAUGCUAUUUUCACCAAGACAUUCCGCAGGGAUUUCUUCAUUCUGUUGAGCAAGUUUGGUUGCUGCGAAAUGCAAGCCCAGAUUUACAGAACAGAGACCUCCUCAUCUGCUCAUAAUUUCCAUAUGAGAAAUGGCCAUUGCCCUCCUGCAUCAAAAAACAGUGAUGGGACUGUUUAUUCAUCGGUUCCUCUGAAUCACUUGAACUGAAAUACUUGCAUGAAUUAGUGUCUGAGGCAGUGUGAUAAUCACUUUCAACUGUGAAUUUGAAUAAUGACUUCAGCAUAGCAUAUAAAAUUAUUUUUUAUGAGAAAAAAAAUUAUUUCCACUUUGCUAUUUUUGUUCAAUGAACAACCCUCAGAGAUGACACAUUGUCUUUAUCCGUUCUUGAAGGACAAAGAACAAAACUUCAAUAUGUGCCCAAGUGGCCUUGUAGAAUUGUCUUGAGAAAUAAAUAAGUUUAUAAACUAGUAUCUCCCAGCACACAGGCAGUGAUUCCCUUCAUUCUAGGAAGAUGUUGUCUGCUUAAUGAGAAUUAAGUAGUGGUUAUACAUGACUAAAAGGAAAAAAUAUGUAAAAUUAUUUUUUUUUUUGUCUGUGAAGCAUGUUACAACAAUGACAGAUAAUUAGUACUUCUUAUUAUAUGUCUCCUGGGGUUACAAGAGACAGAAGGUCAACUUAAAGCCUUACAGGCUAAGAAUGAGAAUAUCUUGUGUUGUUGCCAUUUCUGCUGACCACAGCAGAGGGGCAGCAGGCAUCUUCACCUAUGCUGAUAUCUGCCUUUCCACACUGUAUGGACCUUGCUCUGCAUGGAACUGUCACUUCGGGUGGGAUUUGUGUUCAUCUAGAUUUACAGGCUCGGAGAAACAGAUUUCAUCUGUGUUUGGAUUGUGGAGUUUUGUUUAGGGGUUAUUUUCAAAGUGAGAAAGAGCAAGAAUGAGAGCAGGAGAAACUCUUCAUUAUCAGGGGGAUGUUUUCUCAAGUUAGUCUCACAAAGUCAGAUUGAAAACACUUCUCUGUGGCUGAGCCUCUUGGCUGUGGCAAAGUGGGCCAAGGGGCUGCUCCAACAUGGUACCCAAGGCAGGUUUUCAGAGCAGCAGUAUUAGUGCAUUGCACUGUUUGUGCUCUGUAAGGGAUGAUGGAUCCAGAUACGGCAUUUAAAACUUGAACAGAAGUUCUUGUGAAAUCCUAAAGGUUCUCUUUCCCCUUCCCUUCUAAAAAACAAUCCCUCCUGUGCACAUUGUCAGACAGUGGUCCAGGUUGAAAUACCCAAAAGAAACCAUACUCUGUGUAUGUCGAAAUAACAAAAAAGGGAAGAACACCUACGAUUCCUAAUCCUAAAUCAGAUUUCCUGAUUUGACAGAGUUUUAAGUAACAUCUCAAUGAACAUACACGCUUCUUACAUGAUUUGAAUAUCAAACUUCUUGAGGUUUCAUCAUUCCAGGUUAUACCAACAGUUUAGGGUUUGGUAGGGUUUUCUAUGCGUGGUUACAUAGGCAUAAAGAAAACAUCAGCACAGGAGUCUGGGCUUCCUUCCCACCUCACAAACAAUUCAUGAUUCUGCCCCAUGAGAUUAUAAAUCUUAGGAGUCUUCAUGGUUAAAUGUGAUGUUUCAGUAGCAAUUCUUGAUGCUUCUAUACAUAAUUUGUCCUGUCAUCAGCUUCACGUUUCAGCAGCUGAACCUGAUGUGAAUAACUGCAGGAGAUAUUUAUUUAUUCAGCCCUAAC